UGGAAAUUGUGAAAUAGAUACUAUUGCAGGUAAAAAAUAUAUUUUUUUAAGCCAAAUAUUUAUUUAUGGUAUUAGUCCCUCCUAUGAUCGAAUCAAGCCCUACUGGAAAUUAUGAGAUAGAUACAACUCUUGCAGGUAAAAAAUAUUAUUUAUUAUUAUUACAUACCUUUUGAAGUAAAUGUUAGAUAUUCGUCAUUCUUCACUUUAAAAGAAUGGCUAAAUAAAUACGAAAUUUCUAAUGCGACAAAUUAUUCAAUACACCAUUCUAAAAAAUCGAAGGACCCAAUACUUAAGUCUACAAUAAUGUACGAACGACUUUAUUACCAAUGUUAUGAGGGCAAGAUCAGACCAUCCAAAUCAAAAGGAAAAAGACAAAGAUUGUCUGUCAAGAAAAAUUGUUUAUCCAGAAUUUCUUUUGCCAAAGAUGGACCAUAUCUAAAAUGUAUCAGUAUACAUGAUAUACAUAAUCAUGAUAGAGAUCUAUCUUUGUUCAUGGCAUCUUGCCGGCAAAGACAAUUGGAUGGUGAUCAAAAGUCAAUAAUUCACCAAGCUCUUAAAUAUGAUGGAAAUCUUACAUUGAUACAUCAAGAAAUGAAAAGAAAGAAUUUAAAUAUAACCAAAAGGGAUUUAUAUAAUCUAAAACAUCAAUAUAUGAAAAAUCCAUGUAGUGUUAAUGAUCUGGAAGAUCUGAUUAAAACUAUAAAAUUAGACAUAACCAAUAUUGUGGAAUUAUUUGAAGAAAAUGGCAUAUUUAAAGCCUUAUAUUAUCAAACUAAAAAAAUGCAAGAUCAUUAUUUGCGAUAUCCAGAGGUGGUGUUAAUUGAUGCAACAUAUAAUUUAAAUUCCUACCACUUGCCAGUUUUCACUUUGGGUGUAAUAGAUGGUGAAGAGAAUACCAGAAUAGUUGCAAUCUGGUUAGUUUUAUCAGAGAGCUCCACCACAGUUAAAAAUAUGUGCCAGAUUUUUAAAAAUUAUAAUAAUGUUUUCCUAAAAACUCUUACAAUUAUAUCUGAUAAAAAUUUUACAGAAAGAGCAAUCUAUCAAGAUGAAUUUCCCAAUGCUAAAUUGGAAAUUUUUUUAAAUAAAGAAAUAGAUAAUGAAAUCGAUCUUUCUAUAAUGCAGGAUAUCACGAAUCAAGAAAAUCUACAAUUAUCCAAAGAGAAUCUAGAACUACCCAAAGAAAAUCUACAAUUAUCCAAAAAGAAUAUAGAACUACCCAUACAGGAUCAAUUACAAUUACCUAAAACCUUGUCAUUUCACAAAUUGCAUUCAAAAUUAUUAUAA